AUGCCGCAGUUACUGCCACAGUUACCGCAGCUCCUGUGGCCAAUAGCACUGGGCGUGCUAGAGGUGCACCGAGGGCAACAAGGGGGCGUGUACAGGCUAGACGGGCAUACUCUAACACCGCAGCCUCACGCCAAUCGAGCAAUCUUCUCCGUGACUCACCUGCCAAAUCAAAUUGGAGAGCUGGUAGUGAGCCGUCCGCUGCCUGCCUCUUUUGGCAGUUUUAAGUACGAGUUCUUUGGGGUAGCAAGAUCAACUCUUUCAGCAAAAUCCCCUGCAGCCAGCCAAGGUCGUAAUGAAGUCUUCGAGGAUAUAAGCAAAAGAACAGGCGCCUAUGUGAAACCUCCAUCUUAUACUGACAAGGUCAUUCAGCUAUGGGGUAAACCACAAGACGUGGCUUCGGCCAUAGAUAUAAUGGAAAGGCUUCUUGCCAAAUGCAAUAGCUUUUUACCCACACACAAAAAGACAGAAUGGGCUAAAAUUAAUGCCUAUUCAGCAAACAAAGAAAUGGGCGUUGAUUUGAAGGAAAGACAUGAAAAUAUGCUUCUGCUUUUGAGGAAAGAACCGGAAUCGCCUUCAGCUUUUCCAGAGCAGGUCACUCUUUUUUUGUGGCCGAAUGAUGGUCCACCGAUCAAGGAGUCCCUUGGAGAACAACUCGAGGCUCUCGAUAUCAUCCGGGCGAAAUUUGGCUGCCACCUCUACCGUCCAAAGGAUGUCCCAGACUAUAUAUGUGCUCUUGGUCACAGCCAUGAUACGAUGAGACAGAUCGCACAGCUUCUUAGGACCAAGUGGAGUGAGGCCGUUGCCAAUAGCCAUGUUAAGUCGAAGGUCUAUAUUUCAGAGCCUCCAGAAAUCCUGAGAGACAAGAUUGUCGUGGAGAACAUGACUCUCUUUGCGAAGGCUUUUCUCCAUGGAAAGAGGGUGAAGAGCCUUCCGUCAGAGCAGUGGCAGAAUCGACGUACCUUGAUACAGACAAAGAAUAACGCACAUAUUUUAAAUGCCCUUUCAAAAUCCUUACAAGGUGUCUCCUUUGUCCGUGGACACUUGCGCAUGCGUGUUAACCUUGGUUCGUUUGUGCUUGAUGAGUAUCGUAUGCCCAAGGACGACAAAGCUGGGUAUAGCUUUGAGGAGUUCAGAGAGAUGCUAUUGCAUGAGCAAACAAAAGGCCGCUUGAUUCCAGGGUUACGGGUCGGUCAAGAUGAGCUCUUGGCUAGAUGUUUCCAAUCUACCGAUCUUCUCGAGCCUUACGAAAGUACAGCCUGUUCGCUGAAAAACGCCGAGCCUGCAUAUUCCGUGAACUUCGAAUUCCUGGGUUCAAAUAAUGCCCUACUUCGUCUCGAAGCGGAAUUUGCGAGAAGCCCUGGGGCGCAGGACUAUGAAGUAACCCAACGCCGAUGGCUUAAGCCUCGCAGAAGCGGCCAGUCAAGCGACGGAAGGCCACCCCUCCAGAUUUGUAUCAUUGAUUUCGAAAGAGCCGACUGGCAACUUGAAAUCAAAUCUCUGGAGUUCUACGAGACAUCUUCCAUCGAUGCUGCGUUGAAAUCGUUUUCGCACUCUAUCGCCUUCCGACGCACUACAACCAUAGGUGACAUUUCUGCAAAGCCUAAGAGAAAGGUGAUAUUUCCGAGCUCAGCACCGGUAUCCAGAUUUGUGGAAAAGACCUCCAUCCGGUACCGAUUGAAAGGCACCAAGUACAUAUUAGAAAUAGCGAGGUACGAUGAAUAUAGCCGCUCAAAAACGGAUGCAUUUCAAGGGAAAGCACCAGCACCAGCUUUUAUGGCGGGUGAGAUCUGUGACGUCCCGUCCACUUCCUGGGGCGCAUCUAUAUUUGAUUCCAAUUGGGAUAACUUGAUGGGAGAGCAAGCCAAUCUGUCGGUUGGACAUUCCGCACGCCACAGCCCAGAGCUUCACACUUUCUUCCCUCCGAAGGCAUCAGAUUCGGAUGACAAGAGCGUGGGCUUCUGGGAGUUUAUUAGCUUAGUAAAGCGAGUGGCAGAAGUACUAGGCCCAGCGCAACACCAUUUAAGCUCAGAGAAUACUGCCAGGAAAAUACAGGCGGGCACUGAGUCCUCGAUAGUUCCUACUGCAACCAAAAGCCAACCACCCUCAAAUGAAUCCUCGCCCAAGCCUGACGCGAGGGGUCUUGCUGGGAUGUUGGACGCCGACCUGGGCACUCUAUUCUAA